UGGAAGAAGACAAGUGGUCAAGGAUUUUUUUUACCCGGAGUUUUUUUUCACGGGGGUCAUUUCGGAGGGAUCGAGGAAGAUCGCAAGAAUUAAUUGGACACGAGGAGAACUGAAUUGCUCCGGGAUACGGAAGAUGACGGGGCUGAGUGCCGGGCUCUACCGGCCUGGAAUAAUUCUCUGGCUGUUAGCCCUUCUCACUUUACGUGCCACACAUUCCGCGCCAGUAUACGACGAGGAUGCCACACAAGUUGCCGAGUACCAAGGCUCUGCUACUGGAUGUUAUUAUAACUUCCAACACUACGGGGAAGGCGAGAGAAUACUGACGAAUGAGCCAUGUUUGAACUGCACGUGUCACAAUCGAAUGUUGAUGUGUUACCUACGCGUAUGCCCAUUCACGAAGGCCAUAGGUCAGGAUUGUAGAGUGGAGAAACGUCCGGACCAGUGUUGUCCAGUGAUAACGUGUCCCGAAGUACUUGUACAAUUGAUAACAUCAACGACUAGUGCACCAUCAACAGACUCAACUGAACUCGGAUUUCCCGAUAACUACGGAUGCAGCAUUAAUAAUAAAUUCUAUGCCGACGGCGCACAAUUACCCACAGAUUCCAAUAAUCCUUGUGAACUUUGCUACUGCAUUAGAAAUAGAACGACUUGUCUCAUGCAGGAGUGUACGCUCAAAGUGGCGGGUUGCGAACCAGUUUAUCAUCCAGGAAUUUGUUGUCCAGUCAAAUACAAUUGUGAAUACGACGAAGAACCUGGAACAACACCUGGCCUGAUAAUGACAACAACAGUGGCCCCUGGUGUCGCCUCACCUCAGUGCUUCCACGAGGGCAAAGUUUACAACGACGGUGACCGUAUUUACUCAUCACAACCCUGCCAGCACUGCUACUGCUUCCGCGGAGACAUUGCCUGUGCCGUUCAAGAGUGUGGAAGUCCAAUGAAGACACACGGCAAGAAUUGCACUGCUCUGCCACCACCAGAAGGCGAGUGCUGUCCGACCACGUACGAAUGCGAAGGCGAUAGCGGAUUGCCCGAGGACGAGGGGCAGCACCCAGUGACUCCAGACGAGAACGAAAUCCAAGCGACACAAGCACCACUGCCAGUCGACAGUGAGGACGAGCACCAGAAGCCAGAGGAGAUUUUCCCAGGUGCUGACAAUGCAAUUCCUCCGCAAGUUGAGCAGACUGAAGGAACGCCUGCGGAGAGUGCCACAUCAACCGAGGGCAAUGAAGUGCCAGAGAAGGAGUCAGCUUCACCGAAAGAGACGACAGAGCCAUCGGCUGUGACGGAAGGCGAAGGUCCCUUCAAAGACGACGAGCAAAAGACUGAGGCUCCAGCGAUCGAGAACAAGAUUACAGAGGAAGAGGGGCAGACGAUCGAGGAUGUUCAGAAACCAGAGGAGCCUGAGGAGGUUCAGAAACCAGAGAAACCUGAGGAAGAAAUCACUCAUCGUCCCACUCCCUCAAGCACCAAGCCAAUGAUUCCCGCAAGGAAAGACGAUCAAAUUCCAGAAGAGGAACUCGGAAUGAAACCUGCGGAGUCUACUGCAGCACCUGCAGAGCAGGCGACGGAGGCACCUGGAUUGGAGCAAGCGACAGAGAAACCUGAACUUGAGACACCGACAGAGCAGCAAACUCAAACACCUGAAAUUCCCACGGAGCUGAAACCAACAGAGGGACCAGUCGAGGAAGACAAGAAGGUGCCUGAAGGCGAAGAGCCAAAGCCAACUGAACCUAGCGUGACUGUUGGUGAGCCUGAAAUCAUUACUGAAGGAGCUAAAGAGAGCGAAGAGAAAAAACCGGAAGAAGGUGCCGCAACAGAAGCCGCUGUGACUGAGGGAGUCGUAACGAAGACGUCUGCGGGCGAAGAAAUUUCAAUGGAAGGUCCAAAAGAAGAGGCGAAGCCAAUUGAUGAGGAGAAACCAAUUGAGGAGCAGAAACCAGCUGAACCGGAAGAAAAACCAGUUGAGAUGACUCCAGCGCCUGCGGAAAGAGAAACACCAUCUGGUGAACAGAUAACAGAGGAGCCAGAGGAUGAAACCCCAGUGAUACCGACUGAAGGACCUGUUGGCAUAUCCGUUCCCCCGAAGCUCCCAGAGAGAAAGGCCGAAGACGAGGAAUCCGUAACUGAAGUUCACGUGACUCAGGGCUACGAUAAGACGGAGGCAGAGACUCAGGCGCCUGAUAGUCUGGUGACCGAAGCUCCAGGAGUUAGUGAACCAGUGGUGCCGGUAGAGGAGCACAAGCCUGAGGGAGAGCAGAGACCUGAAGAGGAGAAACCAGAGGGAGAACAGCCGCCUGCAGAGCCUGAAUCAUCGGAGGCUCCAUCGACUGAAUCCACUGAGGCAUCUGGAGAGACUCCCAGUGAGAAUAUCCAGAAGAUUCCUCCAUCCACUGAAGCAGCCUCGGUGCCAGGAGAGGCCUCAACCGAAUCUAGCCAAUCCACCGAGUCAUCUGCCGAGGAAAUGCCGACGAAGGGAUUGGAAGUGAGUGGAGAAACCAGUUCCGAGGAAACGAGCUCUGAAAUACCCAGUGGAACUCAGCCAACAAGCUCCGAAGAGACUUCUUCAGAAGAGGUUGAAGAGCACCCCACGUCCCCCAGCUCAGUUAGAGAGUCCCCGUCAGCGCAACCAACGGAAGUUCCAGGUGAAAUCAGUACAGAGAGUGCCACUGGAGCCCCAGGCUUUGAGGAACAACAAACAGGAAAACCCGGGGGAGUGAGCGAAUCUGAAGAGCAAGCAAAGACUACUGAAGAGGCACCAGUCAGUCAGCCACAACCGAGUCCGUCUGAGGAAGAUACUGAAGCACCACAUGCAGAGGAGCCCGUCACUGUUACUGGCGAGACACCCACGGAUGUUUCUGAGGCAACUGCAACAUCCGCACCAGUUGAAGAGGGUAAACCCGUGGAAAUGACCGCUGCCCCAGAGAUUUCAUCCUCCGAAGCAGCAAUUGGUGAAGAGCAAGUGACUGGACAGCCACAAAUUCCUGAGGAACCAUCAACCGAGGAGAAGACGGAGACUCCUGAAAUGAAGCCUGAAGAAGGAACCACUCAAACGGAGUCAUCGAUCUCUUCAGAGGAACCAACACAGCCAUCGGUUUCUGAUGCGGCUAAACCGACGGAAGGUCCAUUUGCGGAAGAGAAACCAGCAAUUUCUGAUGAAAAAUUAACGGAGGCCCCCAUUCUUGAAGAGAAACCAACGAAAGGUCCAAUUGUUGAAGAGAAACCCACGGAAGUUUUAAUUGAAGAGAAACCAACGGAAGGCCCAAUUGUUGAAGAGAAACCCACGGAAGGUCCAAAUGCGGAGAAACCAACGGAAGCCCCAAUUGCUGAGGAAAAACCAACGGAAGGCCCAAUUGCUGAGGAAAAACCAACGGAAGGUCCAAUUGCUGAGGAGAAACCAACGGAAGGUCCAAUUGCUGAAGAGAAACCGACGGAAGGCUCAACUGCUGAAGGGAAACCGACAGAAGGCCCAAUUACUGAAGAGAAACCGAAGGAAGGUCCAAUUGAGGAGAAACCAACGGAAGGCCCAAUUGCUGAAGAGAAACCGACGGAAGGCCCACCUGCCGAAGAAAAACCGACGGAAGGUCCAAUUGAGGAAAAACCGACGGAAGGUCCAAUUGCCGAAGAGAAACCGACGGAAGGCUCAACUGUUGAAGGGAAACCGACAGAAGGCCCAAUUACUGAAGAGAAAGCGAAGGAAGGUCCAAUUGAGGAAAAACCAACGGAAGGCCCAAUUGCUGAAGAGAAACCGACGGAAGGCCCACCUGCCGAAGAAAAACCGACGGAAGGUCCAGCUGCCGAAGAAAAACCGACGGAAGGUCCAAUUGCCGAAGAGAAACCAACGGAAGGCCCAAUUGCUGAGGAGAAACCGACGGAAGGCCCAAUUGCUGAGGAGAAACCGACGGAAGGCCCAAUUGCUGAAGAGAAACCAACAGAAGGUCCAGUUGCUGAAGAGAAGCCAACGGAAGGUCCAAUUGCCGAAGAAAAACCAACGGAAGGUCCAAUUGCCGAAGAGAAACCAACGGAAGGUCCAACUGCUGAAGAAAAACCAACGGAAGGCCCAAUUACCGGAGAGGAACCAACCAAAUCGGCUGAAGAACCAGUAACUGAAGGUUCCGGUGAGACAGGAGAACCUGAGAGGAUUCCAGAGGUUAGACCCACUGAGACGUCAGCCCCUGAAGAGAAGGUGACCGAAGCUAUACUUGAGGAAAAACCUUCCUCAUCUGAACAGCCUGCCGAGCCGUCCACAGAAGGACCGAAACCAAGCGAGGAACCGAGUGCCACUGAAGUUCCUGUUGCAGAAGAGAAGCCAACGGAAGCCGCAGUCCCUGAAGAGAAACCCACGGAAUCUAACGAGAUUCCUACUGCCAUCCCUGAGCAGAGACCAGACGAGCCAGCUCAGACCGCCGCAACUGAAUCGACUCUUCCCGAAGUGACGGAGGGAAGACCGACGGAACAACCAAUUGAACAGGAAACAUCGGCGCCCGAACACAAGCCUGAAGAAGGACCCGAGGCAACUCCAUCGGUGCCCGCACCUGAAGAACCAAUUACUCAAGCCCCUGAGGAUCAAACUCCCGGUCCACCCGAAGAGAAAACAGAAGCCCCCACUGAGAAACCAACUCAGGUAGUUCCAGAAAUUUCAACCGAGCCAUCGCCAAUCAGUGAAGGUACCAGUGAAUCAGCAGAGGAGAAACCUGAGAUUUCAACGGAAGGAGCAACCGAACCCGCGUCGAGCGAACCCUCAUCCGUAGCUCCUGAAGAGCAAACAAAGGAGCCAAUCACUCCGGAGGUUGUAACUGAGUCCGCGGCAACCGUGAAACCUGAAGAGAAAAUCACAGAAAAGCCUGAUGAACAGAUCACCGAAGGACCUGCAGAGAAAAUCACAGAAAAACCUGAGGAACAGAUCACCGAAGGACCUGAAGAGAAAAUCACAGAAAAGCCUGAAGAGAAGCCGACGGAAGGAACCCCGCCAGCUCCAUCCGAGGCUGCAACUGAGGGAGCAGUUGGUGAAGAGAAACUGAUUACUGAGGCUCCCGCACAGGAGCAGACGCCCGAGGAACCAGGGGAGAAGCCAGUGGAACCUGAAGUGCCCGAAAAGCCUGAAGAGGAAAUCCCAGCGUCCGAGGCACCCACUCAAGGCACUUCUGCUCCAGGCACCGAUGAACACACCGCUCCCGGAAUUCCAGGCGAAGGAAAUUGUCUGGUUGACGGCCAGAGCUACGGCAACAACUCAGCUAUUCCACCGGCUAAUCCCUGCCAAGUGUCCUGUCACUGCAUCAGCAGUAUAGUUCACUGCGAACUUGUUCGAUGCUCACCACCACCUCCCCACAUGACCGACUGCAUGCCAAUCCACUCUGCUGACUCCUGCUGUCCAAUGUGGGUGUGCGACACAACACCAACUGUUGGCCUCGAGGCCGAGAACCAAAUGGGCGGACAGACCACUCCAAUUCCCGUCGGUGAAGCCGUCAAACCUGGAACUGAGGCGCCAGUGACACCAGCAAGCUCAGAAUCGCCUGUGGAACAAGAGACUGUGGUACCAGUGACUGCUGAGAAGACUCCUGAAGAGCCAUCCUCAGAAGUGCCGACUAGCGAGACCCCUGAAGUUCCUCAGACGAGUGAACCACAGACAGUGAGACCAGAGGGACCUGCUUCUGAAGCGCCGACUCAAACACCUGUCACUGUGAGCGUUACCCCUGAAGAAGAAACUCCAUCUCCCACUUCUGCAAGUCCAGAAGCACCUGUUGAGACCACCGAGUCUGGUACCCCCGUGGAACAAGUCACUGGAGGCGUCAGCACGAGAGUUGAAGAGCCGACACCAGGGGAGGAGCAACAGACAAGUGCGCCUGAAAUUCCGAAAGAGGAAGGAACAUCUCCUGUUCCCGAGGAGCCUGCGAGCCCCGAAGAGCCUCCAUCAGCGGCUGAAGAGGAACCGUCCUCGGUUGCUCCAGAAGAGCCAUCUGAGAUACCUGAGCCCCACCCGACAGAACAAGGAAUGUUCAGCACUGAGGGAAUUGAUGAAUCAAACUUCACUGAACUCGCUGUUCCCGAGGGACCUAGCACCGCUCCGGCGACUGAAGUUGAUCUCUCAACGAUAGCCCCUGGAGAGACGAAGCCCGAAGGGGAGAAACCACUUGAAGGAACUGAGAAGCCAGAGGAAACCGUAGCUCCGACUGCGGGGAAACCAGAGGAGGCGACGCCAGCUACCGAGCAGCCAAUCACUAAAGGCCAGACCGAGGCAGCUUCACCUGGAACUGAAGGACAAACUGAGGCGCCAGUGACACCUGAGGCGGCAACAUCUCCUGCAGUUGAGGGAGAGCCAUCGAAACCUGCUGAGGAGACUCCCAGCAUCGAAGGGGUCACGUCAGCUCCUGGAGAGGUGUCAGAGGAGCCACAGAAGCCGACUGAAGCCCCUGAGACUCCGGCUGAACAACCCACGAGUGCUCCAGCAGUUGAAGAGGGAACCACUGCAUCAGAAAUUCCUGAGGAAGAGGUGACCCCAGCCGAAGAGACUCCUGUGGUGAUGAGGAAAGAGAGCACCCCUGAGCAGCCAACAUUACCUGAAGAAGAGACAACUAAACCUGCAGGAGAAGUCACAGAAAUGCCAGUGGUCCCCACUGAGGCAUCAUCUCCAGGUGCUGAAGAGGUCACGACUCCUGAGAGACCGGAAGAGUCGUCGGUUGCCACAGAGGGCGUAAUUGAAGAACAAACGACGAAACCUGAGGUUACCGAAUCCAGUGGAAUCCCUGCCGGCCAAGAGCCCACUUCUGCGCCUGCAACUGAAUCAGCAGUUCCCGAGGCUGAAGUGAAGAAACCAGAGGAGAUUCCGAGUGAAGAGAAGCCUACGGAAGGCCCCAGUGGUGAGGAAAAACCUACAGAAGUUCCAAGUGAGGAGAAAAAACCUGAGGAAGAGACGAAGCCAGAGGAAGAAAUAAAGCCCGAAGGGAUCCCGACCGAAGCAACAUCAAAACCAGAGGAAAUUCCAAGUGAGGAGAAACAACCUGAGGGAAUUGCAACUGAGGGAGAGAAACCUGAAGAGCCCCAGACUGAGCAGCCACCUCAAGAACAAACUGAAGUGCCAUUAAAGACGUCGGAGACUGCAGCUCCAGUGACUUCUGAGACAGAAAGACCUGAAGCCACUCCAGCCCCGGAGGCUCCGGUGGAAUCAGCACAAGGAGAACAAGCCACAGAGGCCGAAGUGCCCCAAACUACCCAGCCAGAAACACCUGCUGUAGCGCAAACCGAGCCAUCUGUUACUGAAGCCAAACCUGAGGAGAAACCUGAAUCAACUGAACAACCAAAAGUCGAAACUCCCGCACCUGAGCAGCAAACAACUGAGCCAGCUGUCUCCAGUGAGAAAUCUACAGAACCCUCAGUAACGGAGACUUCACUUCCUGGAGAGACCCCAAGUGCCCCGACUGAAGAGCAGACCUCACGACCGAGUGACGAAGUUCCAAGUGCCACUGAAAAGGAGACGAAACCAUCGGAGGAAUCUUCUACGGAAGGUACUUCCGAAGCACCAGCUGGUGAUGUCACGAAAGGCGCGACCGAAAUCCCAGUUGAAGAGAAACCGUCCGAGACUCCAGUUGCUGAGGAGAAACCAACGGAAGGUCCUACGUUAGAAGAGAAAUUGACUGAAGCUCCAGUUGAGGAAGCGAAACCAACGGAGGGACCGAUUACAGAGGAAAAACCGACCGAAGGACCAAUUUCGGAAGAAAAAAUGACUGAAGGUCCAAUUGUGGAAGAAAAACCAACCGAAGGUCCAAUUGCGGAGGAAAAACCAACUGAAGGACCAAUUGCGGAGGAAAAACCAACUGAAGGUCCAAUUGCGGAGGAAAAACCAACUGAAGGUCCAAUUGCGGAGGAAAAACCAACUGAAGGUCCAAUUGCGGAGGAAAAACCAACUGAAGGUCCAAUUGCGGAGGAAAAACCAACUGAAGGUCCAAUUGCGGAGGAAAAACCAACUGAAGGUCCAAUUGCGGAGGAAAAACCAACUGAAGGUCCAAUUGCGGAGGAAAAACCAACUGAAGGUCCAAUUGCGGAGGAAAAACCAACUGAAGGUCCAAUUGCGGAGGAAAAACCAACUGAAGGUCCAAUUGCGGAGGAAAAACCAACUGAAGGUCCAAUUGCGGAGGAAAAACCAACUGAAGGUCCAAUUGCGGAGGAAAAACCAACUGAAGGUCCAAUUGCGGAGGAAAAACCAACUGAAGGUCCAAUUGCGGAGGAAAAACCAACUGAAGGUCCAAUUGCGGAGGAAAAACCAACUGAAGGUCCAAUUGCGGAGGAAAAACCAACUGAAGGUCCAAUUGCGGAGGAAAAACCAACUGAAGGUCCAAUUGCGGAGGAAAAACCAACUGAAGGUCCAAUUGCGGAGGAAAAACCAACUGAAGGUCCAAUUGCGGAGGAAAAACCAACUGAAGGUCCAAUUGCGGAGGAAAAACCAACUGAAGGUCCAAUUGCGGAGGAAAAACCAACUGAAGGUUCAACUCCGGAAGAAAAACCAACGGAAGCUCCAGUAGAACCGGAAAAACCAACUGAAGGUCCAAUUUCAGGCGAGAAACCAACUGAAGCGCCCGUGGAAGAGGCGAAACCAUCGGAAGCCCCAGUGGAGGAGAAACCAACUGAAGGUCCAAUUUCCGAAGAAAAACCAACGGAAUCUCCAGUAGACGAGGCGAAACUAACAGAAGCACCCAUUGAAGAGGAGAAACCAACUGAAGCUUCCAUUGAAGGAGCAAAACCAACUGAAGCUCCCAUUGAAGUAGAAAAACCAACUGAGGGCCCAGUAGCUGAAGAAAAAACCCCUGAAGCUCCUGCCGAGGAAGGAAAGCCCACUGAAGGUCCAGUAGUAGAAGAAACACCUUCUGAAAUCCCCGUUGAAGAGCAAAAACCAACCGAAGGUUCAGUCGGAGUGGAAAAGUCCACGGAGCCGCCAGUUGAAGAGCCAGUGACGACGCAGACUCGCCUCGGCGACACUUCAGAGCCAUCCAAAGAAACCUCUCCCUCUCUCGAAGAAGGCACCUCACCCCUGCCGUCUGAAGAGAGCACUGCAUCGAGUGCCGAACUUCCAUCAUCGUCAAGUUCUCCGGAAAUUCCCGAGGAAUCUUCCACGCAAGCUGCUGAGUUGCCAACCUCCCCUGCCGCACCUGCGGUGGAAGAGAAACCGACGACAUACCCUACUGAACACGCAGAAGAGACUUCUGAGACCUCAGCGCCGGAAAUACCCCAGGUAGAAACAACCCCACAAUCUUCUGAGACUCCCCUCAGUGGUGAAGGAACAGCAGCAACCAAAGCCCCACCAGCACAGGAGAGUCAGGAACCUGAAAUCGAGCAGAAACCAGUUGAGCCUGAGGAGGAAACGAGUUCGUCUCCUCAGCCUGCGGAGCCGUCAGAACCUAUCGACGACGACCAGCAACAAGUCCAAGUGCCAGUCUUCCCAGACGAGUCGGAGGAGCCAGAUCUUCAGCAAACAGUCACCCCCAUCGAGCACGAGCCUAAAGAACCAGCUCAACACCCGACUUAUCUGCCAUCAAGCACGUCCCUCCCACCGCACCAGACUGGAGAGUAUCCAGAGCAAACGACUGGUGAAGAGAGUCCAAAUUUCCCAGUUAAUAGUGGAAGUUAUCUGGAUCACGACGAAGACUACGGCGAUGAUGAUCAGGUUUAUGGACCUGGCACCUGUCGAUACGGUGGAAAGGUCUACGUCUCAGCUCAACAAAUUCCAAGAGACGAUCCCUGCGACUUCUGCUUCUGCUUCCGCAGCGACAUCAUCUGCCUACAACAGAGCUGUCCACCACCGAUACUCGGAUGCCAUGAGGAGCCGAUAAGUGGCUUCUGUUGUCCACGUUACGAGUGUCAUGUGUCGAUGGCAACGUCACUCAAUGUCACGACAACCACCACUACGACAACUACAACUUUACCACCUCACUUCCUCUCGCACGCUUAUAAAGGAGCUACAAAACGAAGUGGAUGUCAAGUGAAUGGACGGACGUAUGCUGUUGGAGAAGUCAUAAGAGUAGCCUCAGGACCUUGCUUAAACUGCAGAUGCGGAAGCGACGGUAAUAUGAAUUGUGAUCCACGCGUCUGUACGCCGGAGCCGCUCUUACGGCAAAUGAUUGCCGCAGCAACAGCCAAGAGGAGGAGAUGAGCCAAUCAACAAUACCUCGACUAAAGUCGCGAUGAAUAACUCUCCUCUUCAAAAAUCAUUUUAAAAAAUCGAAAAAUUACUUCAUAGAGACGAAAAAAAUGAGAAUGAAUGUUACGUGAAUAUGCCUAGCGUGUGUAUAAAAGUGAAUCUGAACGAAUGAAAAAAAUUUCAAAAUGAUUGACGUAAUUCGCGACGAGACGCCGAACACAGACAAUUUAAACAGUGUGCAAUCUUUUUUUUAUUUUUUUUGUUUCCAGUACCGGAGUGAGUGGUUCAAAGCGUAAACGUUUAACAUUUAUAUAUAAAUAUUAUAUUAGGAGAUAGAUACAGAGGGAUGAUGAACGAUGAAUGAAGAAUAAGCGCGUUUCCUGGUGCCAAAAUGCUGCAUUAAAGGACGAUGAGGGAGGCGAAUUUAUUUAAAUAGAAGAACCUAGGAAGACUUGUGAACUGUGCCUUCGUCAGUGCCCUAGGGUGUUCAGGACACCACAGGGAAUAACAUAAACCCAAUGCUCAGAUUCAUCGACAUCCCAUGGAUGCUGUAUGAAUCGAUUAAAAUGGGUGAGGGAAUAAAAGCAAAAUACUAACGACUGAUUUCGAAUCAAUGGCAUAUCAAGCAUUUCUGCCAGCGCUCUCAUCGAUUUCGUCACGAUUAAAAAUAAUAAUUCAAUGAUGAAGAGAUUUGAAGGAGAAUUGGAGAAUUAGAGUUGUUUAGAUAGUCCCCUGGACCACGAUCUGUGUCAGUAACGUGAAUCUUCAAGAGUUCACAUUUAUUUUAAUUGCCAUUUUAGUGCACCUUGAGAGUCUUUCCUAGUUAUUAAUUAAUUUUUUUUUACUUCAUAAUUUUUUUUUUCCUCAUGAACACUUUGAAAGGCUCUUGAAGUAUUGCAAUAGGUAUCUGGCACAAAUCGUGGCCCCGAAACAGCUCAAUUAUCAUUGAUGAUAAUGAUUUCCAUUUUUAUGGUUUUUUUUUUCAAGUGAAAAAAAAUUUUAUAGCUCCGAAAUUUAAUUUCCUCAGCAUUUAUCGUCAUUACCAGUGAUAAUUCAGCUUGAAAAGUUUUUAUACAAGAAAUGAACAUUCACGUCACGAUUCAAGUGAUUAAAAAUACAACUACUCAAAUGUGUGAGAAGAAAUAAAACAAAUGUGAAAGAACGCGCAACUCAAAAAAAAGCUCAAACUUUCGGCUCGCACGGAGGACCGUUUUAUAAUUUUUUUUGGGGAAUAAAAAGUAAAUAAAAAAAUGUGAAAAAAAAUUGAUAAAAAUGAAAAAUCGCUUCUCCGGCGAGCUGGCGUCAUUAAAUAUAAAUAUAUAGAAAUAUAAAUAUUAUUAUACAUUUAUACGAUUCUUUAUACCAUUGUAAUCUCAACCGAUAAUUAAGCGAUAAACGAAUGAAGGAAAAAAAAACCUAUACCUUUAUGAGAUUAGAAGGAAUACAAUGCGUCAAAUGAGAAAGUCGAUAGCUUUUUCAAUUUUUUAAAUAUUUUUUUUAAUAUUUCAAUUAAAUAUUUUAAGUGAUAUUCCUCUCCUUGAAUCCACCUGUGAUUCACAACUGUCAAAAAAAUGAAAAUAAAAAAAAUACAUGAUA